CUCAUUUAGAUGAAGAAGAAGACAAGCAGUCGGACAGCGAGGAACGGUCCUAGGUGCCACGGCCACUAAGGACAACAACAACAACAACAACGGUCCUAGGGCGGAGUUCGGAAAGCUAAGCAUUGUAAAAGGAGCCGGUCUUUCCAGACCGGCAGCGACGGUGACAGAGUUGCGCCAUGUCAGCCGGCAAGGUUCUGGCCCUGGUUGUGGUUGUUGCAAGCUUCGCGAUAGUUGCCCUCGGCGUCUCAUGGUGCUGCUGGUGCGUGCGCAGCCGCUUCGGCACAGCCGACAAGAGCAUCCAUGGCCUCAAGUCGGUGGCCACGGUCGCCGACACCAUGGACUCGUCGGCACGGGCAGCCAAGAGCUCGCUCCUCUCGGCCACUUUGCCGACGACGGCGACGACGGCGACCAUGACCCAGCCGCGCGCCACGGCCAGCGAGUCCCGGAGGCUCAACGCGGCCGCCGAAGUUGACGCCCCGGCGAAGCAGUCGCUGGCCCCGUUCGCCAGCGCCAUGUUACACUCCGGGUUUGAGAGUGGUUGCACUACGCCCAGCACCGAAGGCGCCACUGCAAGGCCCGUGAAGCCGAAACCCAAGCCAGCGGACACCUCAUUGCCGCCGAAAGUCGUGCGAUCCGACGACGACCAGCUCCGGAAACCAUUUCCGGGUGUCAGCGGUGGUUUGCAAAGAAGGAUCUCGAAAGUCGACCUGUUCGUCUGCGAAAAGACGGCCGCACCACAGUCCGCGAGGCGCUCUUCGCAAACGCCAGCACCGAGCUCUGGAGCCAACGACCACAAGCGGGCGGAGGUAGAAGACGGUAUGGAACGCACUUCAACAGUGAAAGUUCUGAAAUUGGGAGAUUGGGAUGACGAAACUUCCUUGAGUAUUUUUGAAUCUGCCAGCGCCACGACGCCCUCUGGGAGGGAUUCUGCAUUGACAAAGUCCGUGACUCGCAGCUUAUUAGGCAGCGCGGAACCCGUAAGAAAGUUUCUGCAUCAGAAAUCCACGCUACAAAGAGGCGCUGGUACUCUUCCGGCCGGCAGCUCUACAAUCCCACAAACACUAGAUUGUCGACCUUUGGCAGUGCUCAAUUCAAGAGGACAGCGAUUAACAAGGACUCCCACUGGCCAAACGGGUCCUGCCCUGGGCUGCAAAGAAAUCAUCGGCACAAAGCAGCGGUCGGAGGGGCCCUCAUCUCCAUACAAGGAUGCCUCAGAGGUAACCAGUGCUGCACGAGGCCAUAUCGCGACUGCGAUCAUAGGGAAAAAGGGCGUUGAAAGGAGACCCAGCUUCAUGACGCCCAUGAAAUCCGAAAAGUUCGAAGGUUGCACCAAGGCGCGAGGUGCAACGACUAGGCCGACAAAAGGCACCGGACAAGAGCUCGUGGAGAAAGAAGCAGGCAAGCCAUUUCACUCGACGUGGGCAGGAAAGAGGUCCCUCCUCAGGAAAGCGCAAAGGGCCGCGGCGCUGUGCCCUAGAAAGGGCAGUGACACGCCGGAGGUGUCCAUCGUCAUCAACGUUCCCAAGGAGGAGAUGUCUCUGCUCGACGUGACCAAGGAGCAGAUGCUGGGGAGCGCUAAUUACUGUUCUACCUCAGCAAAGAAAGAAUCUCAAUGAGAACCAUUUGAAUAUACGCAUUGUACUUCUUG